AUGGUCUUCACAAAACCACAACUUAACGUACUGUCACUUGGUUUGAACUUCAAGACUCCCCAAAAGAAGUUGAACAAGAUCCAAACAAAAAUUGAAUUCGAAAACCUGUGUGACCAAUUUAAAGACCUUUCGGCAACCUCAGCUGAUAGUGCUGGUUGGCUUUGUGCUACAAUGGUGGACAUUUUGCACACCUUCCUUUCUGCGCCUAUAAGACAACAAACUGGUCUCAAAGCAGAACACUAUAAAGCCAUACAAGGAUUGCGGAUGAUGUCUGAAUUAAAAUUCCUCAAACCCGACAAAGGCUCUGGGGUGGUUAUUAUGACCAAAGAAAGCUACAAGGAAAAAAUGAACCGAAUAUUGUCGGAUGACAGCAAAUUCAAAGCGGACAAGACGCCUGAUAACGGUACUCUCACAGAAAAGAUGAUAACCCGAAAGCUUCAGAUUCUAUUAUUACACGGUUACAUCGCUGAAGCUCAAUACAAAAAUCUGAAACCACUGGGAACAGGGACACUCCAGAUGAGAUGCUCAUCCAAAAUUCACAAAGCCUGUGCCCCACUCAGUCCAAUCUUAUGCAUGCAGAAUUCAUUAUAUCACAAGGUGGCCCGAUGGUUGGUCGACAUUUUGGAUCUUAUUCGCAAAGCUCUGACGCCUCAUUGUAUUAAACUCUUUUGA